AUGACUAUUGCUGCAUAUGCGUAUGAAACAAAUGAAGCAAGAAGAGCACAUGAACUAGUAAACGAAAACUCAACUUUAACCAUUGAAGGCAAUGAUUUAGUCAUUGACGAUGGAAAAACUAAAAAAGUCAUUGAUUUCGAUACUUUUAACACUUAUGACCCAUUCAUUACAAUAAGUAAAGUUCCUAUCAUAAAUGAUGGAACGGUGCAAUAUAUAAAUUCUACAGUAGAUGCCUCAUUAGUGAAAGUACUGAAUGUUCUCAUUGAAUUGUUAAAGAGCUUUCGAUUUGACGACAACAUUAAAUGCCUAAAGAAUUUAGUCAUGAAUGAGAAACAAAUAUUAGGAGUUGCUGGUAGCAGUAAUGAUGUACACCUUAUGACAUUAGAAUAUUAUAACGAACAUAAAGAUGAACUGAAAGGAGAGAAGGGUGACACCGGACCACAAGGAAUACAAGGACCUCAAGGAAUACAAGGACCUCAAGGCGAAAACGGUUUGGAUGGAAAGGAUGGAAAGGAUGGAAAAACUGCUAAAUCAUGGAUAUGGGACCUUAUAAAUACUGGUUUAACAGCUGCUUCAUAUGGAGUUCUUCAAUACCAAAUCGGAAAGAUAUGGGCAGUACUUGGUGAAGAAGCUUUAGAUGAUGUUAAAAAUGCUUUGAACUUCAUUUCAAAUGGUUCGGAUACUAUUAAAACUUUAUCUGGUUGGAUGCAAGAAACAAGGAGUCAAAUAGAUACUGUAAGACGUAUAGCAAACAAUGCACGUACGGGAUUGGAUACUUUACGAAAAGCACAAAAUACACUAAAGGAAGCAAAUGAUAUUCUUGGCUCA